UCAGUCUUUUUCCAGUCUCACUUCUGAAAUGAGCAUAUAAAUGCAGCAAACUCGAAACAAGGGAGAUUCAAAAAGUGGAGAGAAGGAUAAGAAGUUGAAACACACAUCAUCUCCUGAAGCGAAACCCUAGGUUUCUGGGUAUUAUGUUUGCUGGACAUUUAUCAUUGCUGGCAUGCGAGCGAUAUAGGUUAAAUUUUAUUGGCGUUCUCUUUGAAGAAAACCCGAACUUCACCUUCAGAGGAAGCAACUAUGCUACCUACAGGAUCAAAAGAAACCCAAAUCCGUGAGAGCAACCAGAAGGUCCACCCUCAACCCAUUGAAGAAACCAUGAAUCAGAGUCAGGAACCUGUGGAUGCCCUGAUAUCCGAAAUAUUUUCAAACAUUUCCUCUUUAAAAUCAGCCUACAUCCAGCUCCAAGCAGCUCAUACUCCUUAUGACCCAGACAAGAUCCAAGAUGCUGACAAACUAGUAAUUGCGGAACUCAAGAACCUUUCUGAACUCAAACACUCAUUCAGGGAGAGCAAUCCCAAACCUGAUACUAUUUCUCCUCAGGACUCCCGUUUAGCUGCUGAAAUCCAAGAACAGCAGAAUCUGUUAAAGACCUAUGAGGUAAUGGUGAAGAAAUUCCAGUCCCAGCUGCAAACUAAAGAUUCUGAGAUUCUUCAAUUGCAGCAGCUGAUUGAAGAAUCAAACCAGAAACGGGUGAGACUGGAGAAGAAGCUCCAGUUCAGGGGCUUGCCAGCGAAAGAAUCUGAAGAAUCAGGAGAUGAUAAUGGGUUCUUCUCCAUGGACUUGACUCCAGAUCUCUUCUCCUCAGCUGUGCCGAAUGCUUACAGAGCCAUCCAUGAUUUCUCUAAGCCAUUGAUCAACAUGAUGAAAGCUGCAAGAUGGGAUCUUGAUGGAGCAGCCAAUUCCAUUGAACCAGCAGUUGUUUAUGCAAAGAGGGCCCAUAAGAAGUAUGCGUUUGAAUCCCACAUAUGCCAAAGAAUGUUCAGUGGGUUUCAGGACAAGAGCUUCUUGGUCAAAUCAGAUAAUCUGACAGUAACUAAAGAGGGAUUCUUCCAACAGUUCCUGACCUUGAGAGCAAUGGAUCCCUUGGAUAUUCUGAGCCAAAACCCCGAUUCUAUUUUUGGGAAAUUCUGCCGCAGCAAGUACCUCCUGGUUGUUCAUCCAAAGAUGGAGGCUUCUUUCUUUGGGAAUUUGGAUCAAAGGAACUACGUGAUGGGUGGUGGGCAUCCUAGGACACCUUUCUACAAGGCUUUUCUGAAACUGGCCAAGUCUAUAUGGCUUUUGCAUAGGCUAGCAAAUGCUUUUGAUCCCAACGUCAAGAUUUUUCAGGUUAGGAGUGGGAGUGAGUUCUCAGAGGUUUACAUGGAAAGUGUGGUGAAAAAUGUGGUGCUGGCUGAUAGCAAUCAGAUUCUUAAGGUUGGUGUCAUGGUUAUGCCUGGUUUUUGGAUUGGGGGGAGUGUAAUCCAGUCCCAGGUUUACAUCUCAGGCAUGAAGAGUGCUGAAUGACUGGCCUGGCUCUGAAGUAGAAAUCUCCAUGGGAAAUAUUUAUGUGUGCAUGCUUUCACUUUCUUUGUAAUAUAUCUUUGCAGUUGGAAUUGAAAUGUUCAGUUAUC